CCACCACGCCAUUGCAACACAAAUACAGGGGUACUAGGCUUUAAUCUUACUACACUACCUCCCCUCUCAUCUGCCUCUCUCCCACUUCAAUCCAAAUAUCCAUCAACCAUGUCCCCCAUCCCCAGCUACUCCCGCCCCGGCCGCGGCCAACACUUCCAAAAGGCCUAUGGGUUCGCUGAAGCCUGCAUAGCCGGAGAUCGCAUGGAAAUCGCCGGCCAAACCGGCAUGUCCCCCACCUCCACCGUGAUCCCCCCCACAAUCGAAGAGGAAGUCGCCCAAGCCUUCAGCAACAUCGACGAAGUGAUCCUAUACACCCUCGAACAAACCAAGCCGGAGCUGCGCGCUAGUGUCAAGCAUGGCUGGGACCGAGUCGUGAAAAUCCGCACAUACCAUGUGAAUCUGCCAAGCAAUCGGGAGAAGAUCAUUGAGUUGAUGGUGGAGAAUGUCAAGAAAUGGUGUCCGGAUCAUCAGCCCACGUGGACCAUGUUGGGGAUUGAUGCGUUGCCGUUUGAGGGGCAGAAUUUGGAGAUUGAGGUGGAUGUUUACUUGGGUUAGACACAAGGAUGGAUGGUAUAAUCUUCCCACAACACCACAUAAACAAGCAAAGAACGAACUCAACAAUGAAAUAACCAUCUACCCCGG